AGGUGGACACUAUGCCAAAUCGGAUGAGACUCAUCUUCACUCCACACCCCACCUCACGUCUGGUUUAUCCAACAAAAGAACAGAAAAAGAAAGAAGUUUCUUUCUUUCUUCUGAAUUUACAACACAAAUUACGCAAUGAAUCCAUUGUUAUCAUGAAUCUAAUCUUGAUCAAGUAUCCCAAUAGCAGAAGAUCAUAACAAAGGCAAUCUUAUCUGCAAUUUACAACUAUAUGGAGGAGCAACAGCCACCACCACCACCACCAGGUGAUUCUUCAUCAAAGAUAAAGACAGAAGCUUUGGAUUUUCCACUAUAUGCUAUUGGUUUCGAGAUUCAACAAUUGUCCCCAGCCAAAGUCUCCGGUCGCCUUCCUAUCACCCUCAAGUGUUGUCAGCCAUUCAAGGUGCUACAUGGAGGGGUGUCAGCUUUGAUAACUGAAUCACUGGCUAGCAUAGGAGCCCACAUAGCUUCUGGUUACCAAAGGGUAGCUGGAAUUCAACUCAGCAUCAACCACUUGAAAAGUGCCAAGUUGGGAGACCUUGUUCUGGCUGAAGCCACCCCCAUCUCUGUUGGUAAAACUGUUCAGGUGUGGGAGGUGAGACUAUGGAAGACUGAUCCUUCAAACUCAGAGGAGAAGAAAUAUUUGGUAUCAUCAUCUAGGGUCACCCUUUUAUCUAAUCUGCCAGUGCCAGAGAAUGCAAAAGAUGCAGAAAAAGCUCUCAAGAAGUAUGCAAAGUUAUGAUUAAUAGUACCACAGUCAGAAUUUAGCUGUAAGAAUCAAAAUGAUAAAAAUCAGAAUUGUUUUUGCUACUUGUUGAGCACUCUGAUAAUUCAUAAUACUUAAAGACAGAACUUUGAAAUGUGUAAUUUAUAAGCUGCUUGUUCAAAUAAAUAAAGGAGCAAAUUUCAUUCUUAA